AUGAUCUGGAGCCUGUGCUUGCUUUUUGUGGCUGGAGCAGUGCAUGCAAGCCCGGUCAGGAAGACCAGCAAGACGGAAUACAAGGUGGCACCGCAAGAAGAAGUCAAUGUGCUCAUGUUUGGUGUCUUACAGUUUGGCGAAUCCCUACACUAUGCUUAUGAAACCACUGAGGCAAAGAUAGUGAGAAUCAGCCGGUCUUUGAAGAACACUGAGAGAACUCUCCAAAAGCUGGGGAAACAGACUGAGCAGGCUGCAGAGGUGGAGAAACAGAUCAAAGAAGUGAUACAGCUGCUACAGGCCCAGAUGGCCCAGCAACAUGCUCACACCACAAAGACUAAAGAAUGGCUGACCAGCCUGGAGAAGGAAGAGCAGGAGCUGAGGACAAAAGUGAACCGGUUGGAGAUGUACCUCAGCAACUCUGUACCUCCAAGCAUCAAGGAGCUGCAGGAGAGAGCAGAGGAGCACGACAAAGUCUUGCGAGGCUUACAGCUUUUGACUCAGUUCCAAAAAGAGGAUAUUGAGAGUCAGAAUGAGCAGCUUGCCAAACUGCAGAAGAUGAGUGAAGUGCUGACAUGA